CUCAGGGUAAUGUCGAAUUCAGUUCAACCUUAGGUUAUAGACCACAAAGAAGAAUAUAAAAGGAAAUAUUUGUUUAUAAACAAAGACACACGAACAAGUGAUUUUUUAUUAUUUGAGAUUUACAGGGAGACAAGAAAACUACAUCUGCCAGACUUAUUGAUUGUUAUCUAAUCGAAGCAAUGAAGGCGUUUGCUGUUGUUAAAAGAUGAUCAUUUUCGAUGUUACAUGUACCGCCAUCAAACAAAAAGGAAAGUACUAACAUGAAAGAAUACCGUCGACCGUCGUUGUCUGUUAUCGAUGAAAAGGGAAGUGACGACGAUUUCGUUAUACCAGCCAUUAAGGUGUCAAGUUGUGACGAUCUGGAUCAGAACAGAAAUGAAAGAUUUAGCUCAUUAAAUGGACUCUUAUCUACUUUUCAUUCAGAAGGAGAUUCAUUAAAACCAGGUAGUGAUCUGAUAAAGAGCCAUAGUGACUCGUUUCAGUUGGGUUGUGAUUCGGGAAAAUCCGGAAGUGAAUCCGAUUUGUCACGAUUAAAAAAUACAGCACACAGACUAAACUUAGGAACAAGAAGACCUAGUUACAUUGAGUGGCAGGAAAAAUAUAUGAAUCGAUCAAGACGUCGGUCGAAACCGGAACUUGUGACAGAUCCCGAUUUAAGCGGGAAAGACACUUUAACUGUAGAACGUAAAGAAAAAAUAAAUCAAGCAUUGGACUGGUUACGGGAGGAACUGCAUGAAAUGAGAUCACAGGACCAAGAAUUAGCACGAACAUUAUUAACAUUGCGACAGGAUAUCAAUCAGUUAAAAUUAAAAAGAAGUUACGAAGAGCACAAGGACAUGUUAGAGGGCGUGAAAUGUGAAAUGGAGGAUGCCCAAGAAAUGAAAGACAUUUGCGAUCUACCAAUCGAUACACCGGAAAAUCCACUCAAAAGACUUGGGGUUACGCCCAUGAAUAUAUCAUCAAGACGAUUUUCUAUAUUUUAGUCAAAUUUAAACCUAUUGUUAAUUACAGCCGCAUAGGUUGGUGAAACAUAUAUCUGCAAGCCCCGCCCAAUAUGAUAUAUGUAGAUAGUUAAUUUGAAUAUUAUACUCGAAAAAUGUUUAUUUCGAUAUUCAAUUGUACCUGUAGAUAGAAAAGCAAUCUUAAAAUGAUCUCUUCAACUAUGAAGAGUGCAAAGAUCUAAAAAAAAAAUAUGUGACUGACCACUGGGCAUUUGUAUAUUUUUAAAGAACAUGAAAUGUAUUCCUCUCUUUUUCAAAAAUCGGUAUGAACGGUUUUUGAUGGUAACUUACAGUUCGAAAUGUGAUCGUUCAACGUAAUAAGUCUUCAUUUAAUAAACAGAUUUAGUCUGCUCUUCUGGUAGAACUUAGUAUACACAUCGCCAUUAAACAAAUAUAUAAAAGAAGAUGUCGUUUUUCUACCAUUCACAUGUAUUUUGUAGAAUUUUGCGGACUAUGUUACAAGGGGCAAGCAAUUCACGGAUAUUUGGACGACCAAAAUAAAUUUACAAAACACAAAUAGAAGUUGCAAUGUAUCAUAGAUAUAUGCUGGUUUUGAUGGUGACUGAUACAAAAAGAAGACAAGUGGGUCAAAUCAAGGUGUGAAAUCUAGCUUUUAAGCAUCCCUCUUAUUCACCUUUCGUAAGUUGAUUUUGAAAUAUGUCUUUUCAUCUGAACCUGGGCCAUUGGGAUCAACGUCUCUGUUUGAUUGUAUGGUUUUAUACUGCAUUAAAGCCAAGCGACGCGGAAUGGCCUGCCUUUCUCCGUUAGCAAUUGUAACACUGCCUAACCUAAAUAAAACAAAACCUCAAGGUUUCACAAGUUACUCAGGGUUAUCCUUGAGUGCUAAAAUAUUAAAGUUUAUAUGUUCUUUUCUAGUCCGUUGAUAAUAUGUACAUAUUUAGACAGUUGACCUGCAAGUCUAUAACUUGUAAGCAUGGAAGUAGAGUAUACGUCCAUGGUGUGAGUAAGCAGUUAGGUCCAUUCUUCUCAACUCGGCCGAUUCCGUACCCUCACAAAAGGAGAGUAGCGGAUUCUACCGAGGAUUGCCGAAUGCAGUUAGGUCUUGUAUGAUUGGCAAUGAUCUCCAUAGAAGAUGUUUG